AUGAAUAACUCAAAGCGCUGUUACGAGAAUGGAGGAAUUUACUUUCUUCUCCUCCUCUUCAUCUUUCCUCUUGCCGCUGCACAAUCUGUUAACGGUAACCAAAACGACUCGUAUUACAAUCGUUUCAGUCCUUCCAUGGCCAUCAUAAUCGUCAUCCUCAUCGCGGCGGUCUUCCUCAUGGGAUUCUUCUCCAUCUAUAUCCGCCACUGCGCCGACUCCCCCUCCGCCAGCAUCCGCAACCUCGCCGGAGGCACCGCCCGCACGCGCCGAGGCCUCGACCAGGCCGUCAUCGACACCUUCCCGACGCUCGAGUACUCCGUCGUCAAGAUCCACAAGCUCGGAAAGGGGACGCUGGAGUGCGCGGUGUGCUUAAACGAGUUCGAGGACACCGAAACGCUGCGUUUGAUCCCCAAGUGCGACCACGUCUUCCACCCCGACUGCAUCGACGAGUGGCUCGCCUCCCACACCACCUGCCCCGUCUGCCGCGCCAACCUCGUCCCCGAGCCCGGAGACUCCGUCAGAGGAGUUCCGAUUCUCAACGACAUCGAGGCCCAAAGCGAAGACCAACCCGAAGCCCACAACGAUGCCGUCGAGCCUGCUCCCGAACCACAACAAGAGUCUAAGCUUCCAAUUCCCUCCGAACCCCCUCAAGUGCUCACCCUAAACCAGACGCUGAACCGGAACCGCACGAGAGGCUCCCGGUCGGGCCGCCCCCGCCGGUUCCCGCGCUCUCACUCGACCGGUCAUUCGCUGGUCCAACCCGGCGAGGACACUGAACGGUUCACCUUGAGGCUUCCCGAGGAAGUUAGAAAACAAUUACUUCUGAACCCUGAACUUCAUCGAGCGAGAAGCUUGGUUAUGUUACCCAGGGAAGGUAGUUCACGGCGUGGAUAUCGAACCGGCGAGGGUAGUAGCAGAGGGAGGUCUUCGAGGCGGUUGGACCGGGGGUUUAAGUCGGACCGGUGGGUUUUCACGAUGGCGCCGCCUUUCUUAGUGAGGGCCUCGUCGGUUAGGUCCCCGAGGGUGGCCAACAACGGCGGCGCAGGAACAUCCGUUCCGCCGCCGCCGGCUGCUGUGGAAUCUGUUUGA